AUGGACACUGUUUGGCAGCCGCCAAGCCCGAGCAUCAGUCUUCAUGCCAUCAAAGACAAGCAGAGCCUCUUGGUGAGCUGGCUGGUAAACCACAGCAGAUUAGUGGGCGACAUCUAUGAGAUACAGAUUGGUCGCACAGAAAACCACACUGUUAUUUACAAUAGAAAUAUAAGUUUAUUUUCUGAGGAUUUGGAGAAAUACACAUGGACAUGGAGCUCGGAUCUGCCUCUGGAGUGUGUCGAUCACUCAGUCAGGAUGCGACAUUUCUAUAAUCAGUCUGUCGCUAGUCCCUGGAGCGACUGGAUUACCAAGGAUGGUGCACAGGCCACGGAUAAGGCACAGAUCUUCCCUCUGGAGCGGCUGAUGAGAGAGCACACCAGCGCCAUGUUCUGCUGCGUUCCCUCAAGAGGAGUCGAUAUCACCAGCAUGAGCUACGGGGACACAACAUACCCUCUUAGCAGCAUUGGAGCCAGAGUCAAGGCUAUCACUGUAGAGAACCUGACAAUCCCACCAAUCCAACGCAUUAAACGUCUUUUAGUCUCUUGCAAUGAUGCAACAGGCAAGUCAAUCUCUGCCUGGAACUACAUCAGUUUUCCUGCUCAGAAGCCCAGAAACCUCAGCUGUGGGACCUCAGACAUGAAAACUGUCACCUGCACCUGGGUUCCAGGCAGGAAACCAAUCCCCUUUGAUCACAACAAGCAAACACACACACUCCACAUAGAGAACUCAGACCAGGCUCCCAUCAGCUGCAAGGAGUUGUCUUGUACUUUCCCGGUUGUCCCACAGUUGGAAAAUUACAACAUCAGUGUGGUGGUGAGGGACCAGCUGGGAGAGGAGAAAGAGAGCUACAGCUUCAACAUCUCUGAGAGAGUCUUUCCUGUGGUGGAGGUGGACAGAGUGGUCCCUGGGGUGACAAACACCACUGUGUCCUGGAUUGUACACUGGACCGUGACCCCACUGAGCCUCCUCUGUCAGGUGACUGCAGACCCAGCCAAGACCACAGAGCUGAGCUGCAGUAUUGUCAGUGGUCUCUGCAAAGUCAAACUGAAACAUUUGCUUCCCAACACCAACUACUCUACCAGGGUACGCUGCUCUGUCAAUGGCAGGAUCUGGGGAGAAUGGACACUGCCCAUAAAUUUCACAACCUAUCCUUUGGUGACCUUGGAUGUAUGGAGGAGAAUAAAACAGCUGCCCGACCCAAACAGCCGUCAAGUGACUCUACUGUGGAUUCCUAAUGCUCCUGGCUCCCCAGACACAGUGAAGAUCAAAGGCUACACCGUUCAGUGGUCACAGGAAGGCCAAAACUGGUCCGAGUGGAAGGACAGUGGACAAACCCAGACAGAGGUCUACAUUGAUUCAGGACAGUAUGAGUUCACUGUCCAGGCUGUCCUCCACACUUGCUCCAGUAUCCCAGCUCACAUCACCAUCCUACAGAGGGAAGAUGAAGAAAUCCUCCCAGUAGAGAAGCGGUUGAGCAGCAGCUCAGCUGAGGGUUUUAAUCUGUCCUGGGGCAAUCAUGACUCUGCCACUUGUGGCUAUACUGUGGAGUGGUGCAUUUUGGGAAAUGCAGUGCCCUGUAAUCUGCAAUGGCUGAAGGUGCCACAGGGAAACAACACAUUGUUCCUGCCUGCUAGAAGCAAAGCAGGUAGUAGAUAUACAUUUAAUAUCUAUGGAUGCACAGAAAAUGGACACAGACUGCUUGAGGUACAGACUGGAUAUUCACAAGAGCUCAAAUCGGUACAGGCCCCGAGGCUGGUUGAACCUGUUCUGAGUACUUCCUCAUCUGUGACACUGGAGUGGAGUUACAAUGAGGACGAUCCGGCUCAACCUGCCUUUAUCACUGGUUACCUGGUUACAGUACAGGAAGUAGGAUCUCAUCUGCUGCAGGAUCAUGCUGCAGAUAUGUUCAACUUGUCGGUGGCAGACCCUGGGAGGAAGUCUGUGACCAUAGAGGGUCUGAAGCAGAACCAGGAGUAUGCUUUCUCUGUGAGCGCUCUCACUAAGGAGGGGCCUGGAGAAGCAACCAAUAUCACCAUCAGGACCACAGCCAACUACUCGGCUAUUUUGGCCAAGAUACUGACUCCUAUCUUGUUACUGCUGGGCUGCACCAUUCUCAUCUGGCCUCAAAGAAAAAUGCUGAAGAGUGGGCUGAAGGAGAUAUUUGGUUAUCCUGCUGGUAUGAACAUCAAAACUCCUGAGUUAGACAGCUUCCUGCAAGAGACUUCUGAGUGGCUGCAGUCUCAGAAGGUGGAGGAGUGCAGCAGCUGUGACAUUGAGAUCCUGAAUACCAAACCUCUGCUGAACCAAACAGCCGUACUGAGAGAUCCUGAACCCCUGAGCACACUGCCCUCUCCUGGUUCCCAGUCAUCUCCUUCAGCCUCAUCACUCUCCUAUGUGCCGCUCGAAGCACACUACUUUCCACAGUCUGUCACUGUGUUCUGGGAAAGCCCGGCCGUUCAGCAAAUAACAUCAGUCACAAACAAGACUUAUUUAUGCACCAUGGAAGAGGAGGAUUUUCCUGAAGCACAGCCGGACAAGUUCACUGAAAUCAAAUCAAGCUUUGAACCUUCUGAUAUUCAGCAGGUGCCAUGUAGUGUCAUAUAUGGUUAUGUCUCCAAUGACACUAUGUAAUAUGAAGUCAAACACCAGGCCAAAAAAUAUCUUAUAUGUUUUCAAUAGUUUAAACAUGUUCUCUCAAUCAUGUAGUUUAAAUACGGUCAAGCAGAAACUUCAGCACCAGCAGUCAGCUGCUUUCAGUCAGGAUCCCUUCAGUGUUCAUUGUUCAAGAGGUUUUUACUGGGAAUUAUCUGCAGAGGUCUCCUCUUCCAAAACGGACCGGCAAGGUGAUUAAAAACACUGGUAAAAACACUGAAUAAAGCAGUUUCAUGUUUAAAAUCAGUGUUUUUUCCAAUGCUGGUCUGGGAGCCUAGCAGCUUGUUUCUCUAAAACACUUAAUCUGGUUAAAAGAUAUAGAUAAGAACAACAAAGAUAUAAAAAGUGUAUUGUAAAAAUUUAGCUUAAAACUGGACAAAAAGUACAUUCAUGAUUAAUCCUGGCAUACAACCACAAUGUGGACAAAUGCACAAAGGGGAUAUGAGGUCAUUGAUAGGCAACUUAAUGAAAUGGACCGUUACCUUAAUUGCAACUGUGUAUUUCUCCGUACUUAAAAAAUUAUUGGAAACAUUUGGGAUAAUGUAAUAACAUACCUCAAGAGAAUAUAUACUGUAACAAAGGUUUAGUCAUGUUUAGAAAUGUAAGAGUGAAACAGUUAUGUCUUUAAAUACUGUACAUAGAUGCUUUGUUCAUUAGACACACAUUAAUGUCUUUCUGCAGCUUUCAUAUGUGAAGCUUUUUUAUUUAUUCCACAUUUUAACAUACCAUAUUCAUAUAUGAUUGAAAUUUGAAGCUUAUCAUAGCAAUGCGUUUCGAGCAAAAAAACAUGCAGGUAAUCUGGAGAGUAUUUUAAACUCCUUAAGGCUCGUGCAGAAAUACAGUCCAGAAGUGAAUAUAGUGUAUGUUACACACAGAAGGAACUGUGAGGCAGCUAGAGAUGUUAUCUACAGGAUGCAACAGAGAACACUGAUAACUGAUGACUCAAAUAUCAACUCAUACAUACCACUAUUUGAUAAAACAGUUCAUCCAGUAACUGCAGAAAUCUCCCACAAAUCUACUUUGAAUUUGCUUUACAGUUACUAGUGCAGUGCCCGUAGGAAGUAUGUAUUCGUAUAGUGGGAGAUUAAGUAGAUUUUUCAAAUAUGGCCAAAUGAGGUUGUGUGUAAAAGUGGGAUGUACAAUGAGGUGUAAUACUCUUGCGUAGUGUUAAUAUACUAAGUGUAUAUUGGGUAAUACAUGGAUGUACAUUGAGAUAUAAAGAGACACAGAAAUACAUUUUUAGUUAUUUUAAGAAAAAGAAACUUAAUCAUUCAACAUGGUUAGACAUAUAUACAGACACAGAUGUAGGAGGGAAUAAGUUUACAUGCAGCACAAACAGAUGGAUGUGAAUAAUAUAAGUAAGGGUUAUUAGGUGUGUCACUAUUUUGUUUCAUAUAUCGUGGCUUUUUUAUUCGCUGGAAAUUAUUCGAAUAUAAUUGGAAAAUGGAACUUUGUAGCGCACUUUAAAGGUGCUAAAUUGACUUACAGAUGAGAUGAGUCAGGCGUGGAAAUCCAGAGUGAAUUGGGUUACUGAGCAGGUGUAGGCCUAUCACACAAUGGGGCGGAGCUCCCCUAAAAGGCGUCCUAUCGGGAACAGUGCAAUGCUGCAACACGUCCUACGUAAAUAAUGAUAUUUUAAAAAAUGAAUUAAAAAACUUUAAAAUCAUGCGCAAGCCACAUACAAAAUCUUAGAUCAGCGAUACAUGCCCUAGACACACACACACACACACACACACACACACACACACACACAGACACUUCUUGCUUUUAUAGAUAGAUGAUUCAUUUCCAGCAAGUAUGCAAUUCAUUUGUAUUUGUUCUAACUGUUCAUGUAAUUUCACAUGAAUUGAAUUUAACUGAUGCACUAUUUCCUUGUGCAUCUCCAGGUGCUGAAAGAAGUCAGAUUCUUAAAAGCCACAUUAUUGUUUCAGUCAUUUCAAAAGCAUUUGAGGAACUGAGAGUGUAAUUGUUGUCACACAUGUAGCUUCAUCAAGAAACACACUGAACCGGUUUAGAGCAGGAAAUCUGUUACCUGCUUACCUAAGUUUUGCUUCAGGUAGAAAUCUGGGUUAGAAUAACACAUCACACUGAUGUUGAAGAUUUUGACAGUUUUUAUCUCCAUCUGUUGGACCGGUGACUACAAACAGUUAUAAGUGUUGAAGACAGUUUGUACUCGUUUUCCAUUCAAUUAUUCAGUGACUAACACAAGUGUAUAGUACAUAUAAGCAAUGUUUUAUUAAACUACAAAAAUUGC